AUGUGGAAAUGGACGCAUUCAAGCGGAUUUUGCAACAUCCCCGUCCCUAUUGGAUUAUCUAAGAACUUGCGUGCUUCAUGGAACACAUCCGUGAACCAACCAAUCGGUUAUUUUUCAUCGCAUGGAUUUGACGAAAUCACUAAAGAGCUAGAGAGAAAAAACAACGACUGCAAAAACGACGUAAAAAUCGGAGAACCGGGCCAGUUCAACUGGAUUCUGAUUCUUUCGGUGCAAGGAUCUGGAAACACCUGGACGAGGCAGCUUUUUCAGUCGCUGACGGGCUACUACGCGGGAGGAGUCUAUCACGAGAUACAAGACGAACUCGAUAAUGACGAUCUGUACGAACAAUCGCCUUUUCCGGGAGAGCAUUUUUCUCCUGAGUCCGGCAGAGUUUUAGGAAUCAAGUCCCACGCUCGAGGACACAUCCGAAAAGCCCACGCCGUCGUCCUCGUCAUCCGCAACCCCUACGACACCAUCAAAGCAAAUUUCAACCGAAUCAUGGCGGAAAAAGAAACCGGCGACGGCCAGGGCGCGCACACUGGCACCAUCGACCCAGCGCUCUUCAAAUCGCUAAAAUGGCGACGAUACAUUCAAAACACCGCGGAAAUGUGGCGACAGUACUACAAAGACGCGGUCCAUCUGGCCGUCAACAGCAAGAAAAACUUUCAUUUUCUCUGGUACGAUUUGCUGAAAACAGAGAAAGAAGCGCAAAUGAGGGAAGUUUACAGUUUCUUGGAAAACGAGGCGGCUCCGCAUGGAAAAUUCGAAGUGGAAGACAUCGAUCAGCGACUAAAUUGCAUCAAAAACGAUAAUUUGGACAAAUUUAAAAGAAAAAAGUUGAACUCGACUUUGAAAUCUACAAACCAGACGAAAUCGAGAUGA